CCCGCGGCCCGGAGGCACCCUCUGGCCGACUCCGAGGAGGCGACGGCCUGGGUGGACAGUGCGCCGUGCGCAGGCGCGGAGCUAGACCUCGCUGCCGCCCCCAUUGCCUCGGGGAGUCUCACCCACUGAGUCCUCCCGCUGGCCCGUCAGUGCUCUCUCCCUCGUCCGCCCUUCCCGGUUCCCCCAGCGCCCUACGCGCCCCGAUGGCGGAGCUGCGGCCUAGCGGCGCCCCCGGCCCCACCGCGCCCCCAGCCCCUGGCCCUACUGCGCCCCCGGCCUUCGCCUCGCUCUUCCCCCCGGGACUGCACGCCAUCUACGGAGAGUGCCGCCGCCUUUACCCUGAUCAGCCGAACCCGCUUCAGGUUACCGCUAUCGUCAAGUACUGGUUGGGUGGUCCAGACCCUUUGGACUAUGUUAGCAUGUACAGAAAUGUGGGAAGCCCUUCUGCCAACAUCCCUGAGCACUGGCACUACAUCAGCUUCGGCCUGAGUGAUCUCUAUGGUGACAGCAGAGUCCAUGAGUUUACAGGAACAGACGGACCCAGUGGUUUUGGCUUUGAGUUGACAUUUCGUCUGAAGAGAGAAACAGGGGAGUCUGCCCCACCAACGUGGCCAGCAGAGCUAAUGCAGGGCUUGGCCCGAUACGUGUUCCAGUCAGAGAAUACCUUCUGCAGUGGGGACCAUGUGUCUUGGCACAGCCCUUUGGAUAACAGUGAGUCAAGAAUUCAGCACAUGCUGCUGACUGAGGACCCACAGAUGCAACCUGUGCAGACACCCUUUGGGGUAGUUACCUUCCUCCAGAUUGUUGGCGUUUGCACCGAGGAGCUGCACUCAGCCCAGCAGUGGAACGGGCAGGGCAUCCUGGAGCUGCUGCGGACGGUGCCUGUUGCUGGCGGCCCCUGGCUGAUAACUGACAUGCGGAGAGGAGAGACCAUAUUUGAGAUCGAUCCACACCUGCAAGAGAGAGUUGACAAAGGCAUCGAGACAGACGGGUCCAACCUGAGUGGUGUCAGUGCCAAGUGUGCUUGGGACGACUUGAGCCGGCCCCCUGAGGAUGACGAGGACAGCCGGAGCAUCUGCAUCGGCACACAGCCCCGGCGGCUCUCUGGCAAAGACACAGAGCAGAUACGGGAGACCCUGAGGAGAGGACUCGAGAUCAACAGCAAACCUGUCCUUCCGCCAAUCAACCCUCAGCGGCAGAACGGCCUCACCCAUGAACGGGCCCCGAGCCGCAAAGACAGCCUAGAAAGUGACAGCUCCACGGCCAUUAUUCCCCAUGAGCUGAUCCGCACGCGGCAGCUGGAGAGUGUACAUCUCAAAUUCAACCAGGAAUCAGGAGCCCUCAUUCCUCUCUGCCUGAGGGGCAGGCUCCUGCAUGGACGGCACUUUACAUAUAAAAGUAUCACGGGUGACAUGGCCAUCACGUUUGUCUCCACCGGAGUGGAAGGCGCCUUUGCCACUGAGGAGCAUCCUUACGCAGCUCAUGGACCCUGGUUACAAAUUCUGUUGACCGAAGAGUUUGUGGAGAAAAUGUUGGAGGACUUAGAAGAUUUGACUUCUCCAGAGGAAUUCAAACUUCCCAAAGAAUACAGCUGGCCUGAAAAGAAGCUGAAAGUCUCCAUCCUACCUGACGUGGUGUUCGACAGUCCGCUGCACUAGCCUGGGCUGGGCCCUGCAGGGGCCAAGGGGGAACCCAGCUGCUCCCCAGUGACUUCCAGUGUAACAACUGCGUAAACGAGAUUCCCACAAAUAAAAGGACAAGUGUGAGGAUGACUGCCCAGCCACCACACCCACAGCCCGGUGGGAUGCCAUGCAUGGCUACAGGCCUCCCACCUCAUCUCCAGCUCAGGGGCCUCCCCCACCAGUCGGCCAAGCCCAUGUGACCUGGCCCUGGUCCCACUAGGCCAGUGAGCAGGCAAAUGCAAACCCUUUCUACCUGCUGCAUCACAGGUCCUGGUUUGAGACUUGACUGGACCCUUGAUGUGCCCCUAGGUGGAGCCAGGCCUUGUUCUCACCUACCCCCUGCCACCCAACCCUGCAGGAAAGAGGAAGAGCCUCUGAUGCGGAGUGUACAUGCAAGUGCCCUGUCCAGCUCAGCUCUGGGAAGCCUUUGCCAGUCAAGCUCCUCUGGCCACAGAACAGUCCCUCCAAUUGCGUUUGGUUUUCUUCUUCCUUAUUUUAUUUUGUAGAAACCGGAUGGUAUCUUAUUGCUCUGCAAAGGUGUCCAGAGCCAUGUAUAUAAUGAUUUUUAAACAGAACUUUAUUCUCA